AUGGCCUCCCUCGGAGGCAUGCUGGCUCCGGCGGCCAUGCGUGCACUCCGCAAGGCCGUCGGCAGCACUGCGAAGAUGACCAAGGUCAUACGCACCAAGCUCUCGAGCGCCACGAAGCCCGUCAUUAACGGGGAGUUACAACACGUCACUGUACGAGCAUCCGGCCGUCAGCCUAUCCAUCCCGCUGCUUUCCUCCGUCAGUCAAAGCGAGGUGUACGAUGGUCGUCCAGCAACGCAUAUGCACACAUCAACGCUACCGUCCGUCGAUACCUCAGUACCGGGAGCAACGGGACAAGGGCCGGCGCCGGCUUCGACAAGGCCGCCUUUGCAAAGACGAAUGUUGGCAAAGCAUUCACCCAGUUCCCGGGCCGUACUCCCUUCGCUAGUACCUUACGUCCGAACCUCACCGGCGGAGCUCUUCCUCGUACAGCAGGAGGAUAUGGAAUGCCGGGCUCCGGACGCAUUGGUGGUACCCGAUACUUCAGCCAUACCCCUGCCGCGCCAGCGCAGGUCGUCCAGAAUGUCUCGCAGGCGAUGCGAGCGUUCUGUCUGUCUGGUCAGCGAGCCCACUUCGAUGGCUACGGGCCCAACGGCGAGAAGCGAUACAGAGCCGUCAGCAACCUGCAGGAGGAGGCUGGCCGCAAGCUAGCCAACAUCUCACGUCAAGCCCCGGGCGCCUUCAUCGACUUCCAAAUCACACCAACGAUCACAGCUCUGAGCCCUCUUGCUGCGGCUUUCCCAUUCCCGUCCGCCGGCUUCGCAGCCCAGACCGAGGCCAACAAAGCCACCCUGAACGCCGAUGGCUUCCUCGAUGUUCUGUCCGUUGACUUUGCGCGUACGCUCAAGGAUCUUGCGGCAGUGAUGAAUGACCUGAAACGGUUGUCGGCAUUGGGAGAUCUACCAGUCAUCCUACAGAAGCAUAACGUUCUUCGUGUCAGAUUCCCUGGGGUUGAUGCCGAGACGGUGGAGAGACUGUGUGACGAUGUCGGUGUUCAGCGUGGCAUCGUAGGACAGGAUCCCAACUUCGAUGACAGUCUCGGUAUCAAUAUGGCUCUUCGCUUCCCGUACGCACCUGAUGCCCAGGAUGUUAAUCGAACAAUCACCUCUCCAGGUGGCUCGUUACGCUCACAUCGAUCGGAGCUGUCUUCGGUCGAAGAAGACGUUUUUCUGGAUGAUUACAUGGAGGAAAACCCAUGGCUCUCAUCUCCAUCGGCAGAGCUUGAAGAGGGAUAUGAAAGCAUGUCGCCGCCAGUGGUCAGCUCAGGCGAGCAUUGCUCCGAGGAUUUUGAAGGUCUCGAGGGCAUCUACCGCUUUAUGGAAGAAUGUGAUCGGGAAAGGGGUAUGCGAUAUUGA